AUGCAACACCCGAGCAAUCAGCAGAUUCAGCCCAUUGACUCAUUGACGCCAUUCUUGGGCGGCAAGUGGUGGAUACGGGCCCGAGUAACGGACAAGUCGGAUGUGCGCACGUGGAAUAAACCGACGUCGCAGGGAAAACUGUUUUCCUUUACGCUCAUUGACGAAUCUGCAUCUAUCCGCGCGACGGUCUUUAACGACGCCGUUGACCUGUUCAACCCGCUCAUUGUGAACGGCCAGGUGUAUUACCUCAGCGGUGGCCAAGUGAAAAACGCAAAUCGCAAGUUCAGCAACGUGAACAACGACUAUGAGCUGACGUUUGAUAGCUCGAGUCAGAUUUCUUUGGCGCGGGAUCCCAGCAGCGCGACAAUUCCACUGCAGCGGUACAACUUUUUGCCUAUCGCCAUUCUCAAGCAGCGGGAGGUGGGGUCGCUUGUGGAUGUAUUGGCGGUGGUGCUGUCGGUGGAGGAACUGAGCUCCAUCACGCAGAAGUCCACUGGAAGGGAGUUGAUCAAACGGAACGUGAAGGUGGGAGACAUCACAGCCGCCGUUGAGGUGACGCUAUGGAACGACCAGGCGAAGGAGUGGGCAUAUUCUCCGGGUACUGUGUUGGCAAUGCGCCAGCUGAAGGUGGGCAGCUUUGACGGCGUAACGCUCUCUGCAACAUUUCAAUCCGCAUUCGACGUGAAUCCAAACAUUCCUGACGUAAAAAAACUUGCUGAGUGGUACAUCUCCACCGGCGGACGCGAUGUUUCUUCGCUCUCUUCCUUGGGUGUGGGGGCUGGCAACAAUGCAGGCGGGGAGAACUACCGUGGUCGGAAGUAUUUUGACGACAUUUCCGCGGAGGGACUCGGCCGUGGCCCUAAGGCAGACUUCAUUGAUGUCCGUUGUGUGCCGGUGUAUCUGAAGCAGGACGCGCAGUGGUACGACGCCUGCCCACAAUGCAACAAGAAGGUGACAUUGGAAGGAGCUCAGGGUGAACGCUACCGCUGUGAAAAGUGUGACCGGCAGGUGGUUCCCACGCAGCGUUAUCUUGUCUCCAUUCAGGCAUCCGAUAAUGUUUCCCAGAAGUGGCUUACCCUCUUUAAUGAGGCGGGUGUGGAGUUCUUUGGCAUGCCAGCCACCGAGCUCAAGAAGCAGCAGGAGGCGGACCCCAUGUUCGUCACAAAAAUUGCGCAGUUGCGGAUGAAUCGCCCGGUGCAAAUGCGACUGCGGGUAAAGGAGGAGAGCUCUUCCAGCGCAGCUGGUGGCGAAGAGUCUGACCGUGUGCGUCUUACGGUCAUGCGUCUGAACGAAUUUAUGCCGCUUGAUACCGUUUCCGAGGAAAAGCGCCAGGCGAUGGCAGCCCAACUGAAGACAGAGUGUGAAGAAAUGGUCCGGUGCAUAGAGGCCUAUUUGUAA